UUUAUACACAAACAUUUCCUACUCCUGCUUCGGUUCCUCCAAUGGCGAACUCCUUGUAAUCUCUUUCUGCGGCGAAAUUCAGCUGUCAUUUGGAUUAGCAGGAUAAAACCAUCUUUUGUUGCCUUGAAUAACUAAGUAACACCUGGUGCUAUUUUGAAACGAGUACAUAAACAUUAUGAGAACAACAUUAUUGAGAAAGAAGGGUAUUAACAUUUAUUGGAAAAAUUACAGCAGUCUCUGCUCUCCUAAGGUGAAAGCAAAUGAGACACUUUCGUCAACAACAUUACCCUUGUUUAGCAGCUCGAACAAAUACCCUGAUGAAUCCACUCAGUCUAACUACCCUCCUCCUCCUGAUCCUAUACCGAAUAGGCCCUUAAGAGCUGAUUCCAGAAGGCCCUUCAAUCCACCCCAAAGACAACGCCCCAGCAGCAGCAACCCCACCCAUUCUACAACUUUUAGAAGACCUGGUGAGAAUAAUGAAAAUCAAAUCGAGUGCCAGGAUAGCCAAGAUUUUCUGAAAAGGUUUCAGCUUGGAUUUGAUCGUAAAGAUGAAAAUCCAAACACCAAUCCUGCACGGAGUGACACUCCUGCUUCCGAGUCACCUCCAGCUCCACCCGAAGAUUCAGAUGAGAUAUUCAAGAAAAUGAAAGAAACUGGCCUAAUACCCAAUGCUGUAGCUAUGCUUGAUGGGCUUUGCAAGGACGGCUUGGUCCAGGAGGCCAUGAAGCUCUGUGGUCUGAUGCGUGAAAAGGGUACCAUACCUGAAGUUGUUAUCUACACUGCUGUGGUACAAGGCUUUUGUAAAGCCCACAAAUAUGAUGAUGCUGUGAGGAUCUUCCGGAAAAUGCAAGGCAAUGGCAUUAUUCCUAAUGCUUUUAGUUACAGUAGCUUAAUCCGGGGGCUCUGUCAGGGAAAGAGAUUAGAGGACGCCCUCGAGUUUUGCUUGGAGAUGCUGGAGGCUGGACAUUCCCCCAACAUGACGACCUUUGUGGAUUUGGUCGAUGGGUAUUGCAAAGAGAAGAGUCUGGAAGAUGCCCAAAGUAUGAUUAAAGCGGUGAGGCAGAAGGGUUUUAUCCUUGAUGAGAAAGCUGUUAGGGAAUAUUUGGACAAGAAAGGGCCAUUCUUGCCGCUGGUUUGGGAGGCAGUACUGGGGAAGAAAGCUUCACAGAGGCAAUCUCUCUUUUAAGGUCAUUGCAAGAACUUGUUUAGUUAACAGUAUUGCUUCAAGUUUGAGCCAUUUCUCAUGGUUUGCGUUAGUGGCUUUUGAUGCAACAAGAAAAAUCUAAUUCUCUUGGGAAGUGCAGAACCGAUCAAGUCUAUUGCAGACCUGGCUUUUGAUGCAACAAGAAAAAUCUAAUUCUCUUGGGAAGUGCAGAACCGAUCAAGUCUAUUGCAGACCUCCUGAUCAACAUGGCAACAAUUUUACCAGUUACACCAAGGCCCCGUUACAUAAAGGGAAACAAAAUUUACAUCAACAUGUAGCUAACCUCCAGAAAACCAUGACAAAUAUAUGUUAGUUACAUUCCUAAACCACUGGAGUUAACAAUGGUUUGUUCUGAAAGUGAGCUUCUAAGUUUUCAAUAACAAUGUCAGCCAUUUCCUUG